ACAACUCUCUCCGAGCUAAAAUUCUAGUACCGCAGCAAACUGAACUAAAUCUUCGAAUACGCGUCAUGCAGGCUGACAUAGGUUUACAUCAAAGGUCGCUGGAUGCUGAUUAGUGAAUGAUAGGUCCAGAGGUCAGAAAGCUCACGACACGAAAAUUUGGGCCCGAUGGGCAUCUUGGACAUAGAGUGAGGCCCAACGUAUCGAGACCACUCAUUGGCCUUCAAGAUAUUGACAAAAGCCCGGCCGUUUGACCAUAAUGCUUUCUCAUCCCUCUCUUGAAUAUUUCCAAGUCGUACUCGUUGAUUGUCUCCUGAAGUCUUCAAGAAUGAAUUCACCCAGUAUGGACUCACAUCCCAAGAGACAAAACUCCAGGCGACGUUCCGAAGCCAGGGUUCAACCUCAGCACCGCUCAACGGCAACCUCCCCAUACGCCCAAGCCCCAGUGCAGACGGCAUUCCCACAGCCGUAUACCGGAUCAUCAAUCUACCCCUCGAAUCCAUCGGCUCUGCCCCCCACCCAUGAGAAUUCCGGGCAAGGCUUCCCUUCUUUUGGCACACAAAACGCUGCUGAAGAUUCGCAGCCGGAUCGUUACCCCCCUGCAUAUCAUAAUAUGAACACAAUGGCGUACUCGUACUCACGCAGCGCCCCAGCAUACAGCAUGGCUUUCAACCCGCCCAUGCCGCCGAACCCCAACUAUGGUGGCUCGCCAUACGGGGCUCAGCCAACCGCGACUCAGGCGUUCAUGUCAUCUUUGCCGCACCACAGUAACCCAAAUAGCCCUUUGACGUCUUAUUCUGGUUUUGCGGGUCACUCGUCCGCCGCAAGCUCUUACGGCCAUACCUAUGCCGUCAGUUCUGCGACAACAACACCCAGCGCAUCGAAUACGCCUACGCAGCCCUUGUCACCCACGCUCGUGGGGGUGGGUGCUUGGGACCAUAGGCAACCCAUAGAAGAUGAUCAAGAGCCGCGAGUUGAACGAAGCCAUCGCGAAGGGCGUAGGUUGCACCACACCGAGUUCCCAUCCAAAUCGCAGCGAUCCGAAUCGACAGAAGUAAAUCGAUCCAGCAGGUAAAGAUCUCCAAAUUGACUCUCUUUAGUAACCUGUUCUAACUGAUCCCCAGUCCUUCCAGAGAGGUAGGCAUCUACACAAAGAGAACCGGCGGCCGUUCUUCCGCGUCGUGCAAUGAUGACCAAAAGAAUAGCAAUGCUCGGCAUCGCAAAGACGACGACAAGGACGAUAGUAGGAAAGGUAGCGAAUGGAGACGAUACAGUGGCUCAGAUAGGCGUGGGACAAGAACUUACUAGUUUGGAUUGUAUCUCCUUGAAUUUAAUCUUGCUUGGUGGAUUUCCAAUCCGGCGGGCGCGGGUUCCUAUUGCGCUGACUUGGGAUUUGCUCCGCCUUUGUCACCAUAGUAUUCAGAUCCACUCUACACGGUUUGGCUAGGAUAAAAGUGCUCUUCUUCUUUCGUCAUUAGUACUAUCCGUAGAGAUGUUUUAGAGCUCAGUUCUCUGGGGUUUGGUCUUUUAGAAGCAUAUGUAACUUGAAAAUGUUUUUCCA